CUGCAUAAGGAGAUUAAGCACCGUUAAAUGCUGUUUAAUGCUUUAUGUUGCUCUUUUCAGGAAUGCUGAAAUUCCUGUCUUAUUCUCAGUGGUUAACUGGAGCUGUCCUUCAGGCCUCAGAGUCCUUACAUAUGAACAACAUGGCUGCCAAGACACCCGUCUGUCGAAACACUUUUAUAGUGCGAGACUGGCAGUGUUACAGGCUGAGGCUGAUUAUUGAUCACUGAUCAGAUUUCAACGCUUGUCUGCACUGGAUGAGCUACUGGCUGACCGAGGAUGAGCAAGCUGCUGGCCAGCAUCUCCCUCUCUUUCUCUCUCUGUCCUCUUUCUUCACCCGCCCGUCAUCUGUCUCUCUUUUACUCUCUAGAGAGGGGUAACCCAGAUUUCAAAAAUGAAUUGCUGCCUAUUUCUCUUCAUCUACCCCCCCGCCCCCUCACUCUGUCUGUCUCACUUCACUUCAUCCCCUCGUUCUGUUGGUAAAAACAGAAUCAAUCUUGGAAAGUGAAAAUCGCCUCUUUUCCUCACCCCCUCUGUACUCUCUAUUGGAUAAAAGAAUAUACAGCCGUACACUCCUCCUCUCUUUCCUGGAAAGCUGCUGUAUCAUCCUUUCCUUCAUUCUUAAUUUCCUUUUUGGGCUUAGAUUAUUUUUUUCAGGUGCUUUCCUCUCUUGUAGACCUUCUGUUUGGUGAGCUUGUUUCUCUAUUUUUUUUCCUUUUCCUUUUUUUAUAAGCCAAGGAUUGAUUGCAUAGAAUAACAAGAGUCUUGAGAAGAAGUGAGAGGAAGAGAGAGGGGAGGAAGAGGAGAAACCAUACUGCCACAUUUACAGACAUUUUUCUUCUUGUUUAUUCUCCCCCUUUUAUAAAUCCUCUUGUUGGUCUUUAACCCCUCGCGUGCAUAAACCGUGCAUCCUUCUCCCAGUCUUCUUCUCUGUGUCUUGCUCUGUCCUACUCAACUGGUAGCAUGUCUACCCCAGUCUCUCCAUCUCUGUCUCCCCUGGCCCUGUCCUCCCCAUCUCCCUCCUCCUCCCCGCUCCCCUCUCCUCUUUCUCCUCCCCCCAGGCUGCCAGUCUUCCAGAGGAAGGGAGCUCUCAAGCACAAGAGGGUCAUUGAAGUGAAGGACCACCAGUUCACAGCCCGAUUCUUCAAGCAGCCUACUUUCUGCAGCCACUGCACUGACUUCAUCUGGGGAAUUGGAAAGCAAGGAUUCCAGUGUCAAGUGUGCAGUUUUGUGGUGCACAGACGCUGCCAUGAGUUUGUCACUUUUACUUGUCCCGGAGCCAUCACUGCUCCCAAAGCAGAGGAUCUCAAGAGCAAACACAAGUUUAAAGUACAUACAUACUCCAGUCCCACCUUCUGUGAUCACUGUGGGUCUCUGCUCUACGGCCUCAUACAUCAGGGCAUGAAAUGUGCCAGUUGUGACAUGAAUGUACACAAGCGCUGUGAGAGCAGUGUCCCCAGCCUGUGCGGACACGACCACACUGAGAAAAGAGGACGGAUUCGCCUGACCGUGCGUGGAGAGAAAGAAGACAUAUAUGUUUCAGUGCACGAAGCAUAUAACCUGAUACCCAUGGACCCUAACGGCCUGUCGGACCCUUAUGUGAAGCUCAAACUCAUCCCUGAUCCAAAGAGCCAGAGCAAACAGAAAACCAAAACCAUCCGUUCUACACUCAACCCUAUCUGGAACGAGAGCUUCACCUUUUCAGUGCAUGGGAGGCAGUGGGACAGGCGUUUGUCUAUAGAGGUCUGGGACUGGGAUCGGACCUCACGGAAUGACUUCAUGGGCGCUCUGUCGUUCGGCGUUAGUGAGAUAUUCAGACGAUCAGUCAGCGGCUGGUUCAAACUACUCAACCAGGAUGAGGGAGAGUAUUAUAACAUCCCUGUACCUGACCCAGACCUGCAGGUACCAGAUGCUGCUCUCAUGCCCUCUGUUCCUCUUGCUCCUGUUACUGUGACGACGCCUGUUCCUACUGUGACCCCUCCUGCUCUUAGUCCAACUCCCACUGCACUGCACACGGGCAAAGGCCAAGUCAGGCUGCAUGAUUUCAACUUCCUCAUGGUUCUGGGCAAAGGGAGUUUUGGCAAGGUCCUGUUGGCAGAGGAGAGGGGCAGCGAGCGCUUGUUUGCGGUGAAGGUGUUGAAGAAAGAUGUGCUCUUUCAGGAUGAGGACACAGAGAGCGCCAUGGUGGAGAGAAGAGUGCUGGGCCUCGUGGGGCGACCUCACUUCCUGACCUCCCUCUACUGCGCCUUUCAAACCGAGGAUCGUCUGUAUUACAUCAUGGAGUACGUGAACGGUGGUGAUCUUAUGUUUCAUAUCCAAAUCGUUGGCAAGUUUAAAGAACCGCAUGCAGCGUUCUAUGCUGCUGAGAUAGCAGUGGGUCUGUUCUUCCUGCACAACAAAGGCAUCAUAUACAGAGAUCUAAAGCUGGACAAUGUCCUGCUGGACAGUAAAGGACACAUAAAGAUAGCAGACUUUGGGAUGUGUAGGGAAGGCAUGAUGGAAGGGGACACCACUCGGACCUUCUGUGGCACACCUGAUUACAUCGCACCUGAGAUUGUGGCGUAUCAGCCGUAUGGUAAAGCAGUGGACUGGUGGUCAUAUGGAGUCCUCCUCUAUGAGAUGCUGGCUGGGCAGCCUCCUUUUGAUGGCAUAGAUGAGGAGGAGCUGUUUCAGUCCAUCAUGGAACAGAGCGUUUCAUAUCCUAAGAGUCUCUCUCGGGAGGCUGUGGCCAUCUGCAAAGGGCUCCUCACCAAGAACCCUGCUAAGCGUUUGGGUGGAGGAGAGGAUGCAGAGAGAGAGCUGCGGGAGCAUCCUUUUUUCCGCUGGAUAGACUGGGACCGGCUGGAGAGACUGGAGAUACAGCCUCCCUUCAAACCCAGAAGUGGAGGCAGAAAAGGAGAGAACUUUGAUCAUUUUUUCACAUCCGCCCCCUCUGCCCUCACGCCUUCUGACCCGGAUGUUCUUGCCGCCAUAAGUCAAGAGGAAUUCCAAGGCUUCACAUACAAUAACCCCGAAUUUCCCCCCUCACCCCUCACAGCUGUCUGAGAAAACCUUGAUCAAUCCACACCAACCAUCUUUUGACUUUUUCUGCUUCUGUUCAUGAUUUCAACUACAGUGACCAAAAAAAAA